AAAGCUGAAUUGAAGAUGGCCAAUCACUCCAGUUCUUUAAUGUUUUCUGCAAGGAAUUAGAAGCUCAGGGUGUGGUAACUAGGAAUGGACUAUUAAAUAUUGAUGUCCUGUGACAUGGAAUAUGCAGCAUAGACGAGCCAUUGCGGGAAAUGGACAAACCUAUGCUGGAAUGGAUCAAUGAAUCCUUUCUAGAAGCUGUUCUUCAAGGAGGGGAACGUCAGGAGUCCAGCAUAUCAAUCAUUAAAUUCACCGUGAGCCCAGCUGUGCCUCCUGGUCACAACUACCUCAGUUAUAUCUACAGAGUCCAAGUACAUUACAAACCUACAAACUCAGAAAAUCUGCUCUCAUUAUCACUUAUUGUAAAGAUACCAGUAAAAGAAGGUUACUUUGGUACGAUAUCUAAUAAGGGAAAUUUAUUUAAGAAAGAAAUAAAAAUAUAUAAUACGUUUUUUCCAAGGAUUUGUGAAAAAUGUAAAUUUGAUUUAGCUCCGAAAUCAUUCAAAAGCCCAAAUGAGAGCAACUUAAUCCUUAAAGAUCUCAUAGAAGAUGGUUACACAAUGUGUGAUAAGAUUAAAAAUCUUGAUUUCAAGUACUGUAAACAUGUAAUUGUCACCCUAGCGAAGUUUCAUGCCGCCUCUGUUUCCCUGCACCAUGAGGACCCAAACUUUGUUGAAGAUAUUGGGAAAGAAGUUGUAAUUAAUGAAAAUAUGAUAAGUAUUCAGAAACCAGUAUUAGAAUAUUGUGUGAGAACUGUUGCAAAGAUUGCCAAAGAAACUUAUGGACAUGAAGUUCUUGCAGAGUUUCUCCUAAAGAACCUCGAGAAUCUUUGGGAGUCAAUUGUUGAAAUUUAUAGAAGGAAAGAGGAAGGAUUGAAUGUUUUAAACCAUGGAGAUUUGUGGAUCAAUAAUAUCCUCUUCAAAACUGAUGAUUUCGGAGAAGUAAUCGACGUGAAGUUCAUAGACUUUCAAUUCUCAAGAUACAGUUCUCCAGUACUCGAUCUUCUGUUCUUUUUCUGGGGCAGUGCUGAUGAAGUGGUGAGGGAAUACAGAUUACAAGAUCUCUGUAAGGUUUAUCUUCAAACAUUGAACAAUUCUUUGCGGGAUCUCGACUGCGUGGAGAGAUUGACAUUAGAAGAACUCAAUCAUGGUUUCAAAUCUUCCAGCGAUCUGUUUAUUUUCAUACUUUGUCAGCUGAUGCCAGGAAUGUAUUCUGACACGGAAGAUGACUAUGAUGUGGCACAUGUCAAAUUUCCCUCUGGCGAUACUUCAGACCUUGAGUCCAGUGAUUACUUGGAAUCAAAGUUAAAGUCUCAUUCAUCCUUUGCCAAUCUCAACCCACUUGCAGCGCUGGAAUCAGUCAUCGAAUUGGGUGGUCUCCCAGGUAAACGCCGGAAACUCGUGAACGCUGUAUAUAGCCAGCAACAUCGCAAUAACGCACCUUACCUACAUUUUAUUGCAACUCAAUUAAUAAAGAAAGUCAUAAAUCAGGUAAGAGAACAAAUUUACUGGAAUCAAAUUUAUAGGGCAUCGGAAUACAUAUUCGUAAGUAUAAGUGUGUGUGCAUGCGAGUGUGUGUGUGUGCGCAAGUGUGUGAGUGCACGCGAGUGAGUGUGUGCGCGCGAGCGUGUUUGUAAAUUGAACUCGUAAACGUUGAAUGCUGUAUCCUACUGUGAAUUCUAUGUUUAACUUUUCUUAAUUCAUAUAAUAUGAAAGUUUCCUUUACUGUUAUAAAUAAUAAAAAAAAUAAUAUUUUGCCAAAUUAUACAAUGACUCACUAUGGCUCUCAACCAUGCAUUCGAAUAUAAUUGAAUAUCAUCUCAGCUCUAUCCAAUGAAUUGCAAAUUCUAGACUACAAUACUCUUGUAAUGUUGUGACAUGAAAAGAGUUGCGUAAGUGAUUGGCACAAAGGAUGCAAAAUCCGUAUCGCGUAAGGGCAUGACGUCCUAUGAACGACGUGACUGGAGUGGCAAUUGCUUGAUUCUGCUUCCCUGGUAAUUCCCGAUGUUGAAUAUGUAACACUUUACGUGUAUGAGUUUAUAGGGAUAAAUCCGAUGUUCGGCAAAUAGCCGUUACUACAGCAAUAGUAGCUUGCUGUAAUGGCAGCCAUAUUAACUUUUAUUGCUAAAAGAACUAUCAAUAACCAAAGGUAAUUUUACUCACGUGUGUUU